AUGGAAUCCGAUAUGUGGAGUUUGUUGGCUGAACUUCUGACUCGGACCGUCGGCCAGUCAGCUAAUUCCGAAAUAGAAAAAGUUCGCUCACUUAUCCCAGAAACUGACGUCCACUUACAAAACACCGUCAAUCAAGUGGAUUUCCUUCUUCAUCACUUGGAGGAAAAACACCGUCAGAGGAUCAUUUCUCGCAUUCUGGGUGAUAUUUCCGUUUGUGUGGAACAUAUUUGGCACUACUCGGCCUCGUGCCUGAGGGUUUGUUAUGGUGGAGAGGACUCAAAUGAGAGUGUUGUCACAGCUUGCCGAGUUGCUCUGCAGGAGUCCUGGUACACCGAUACCGGUUCUCCCGGUUUUUCGGGUAACUCGCCCCUGGAUUCGUCUAAUAGCGGCACGGCCUCUCGUUCGGUGAUCUAUCUUAGUCCUGCUGCUCCAUCACACUUGCGUCGGUGGCUGUCGCUCAAUCUCUGCUGCUCCGGUCUCCUAAUCACCGUCUUACCUGCAGAAGAUAACAGCACUUUGCCAACAAUUAGUGUUCCCUACUUCGAAAGAUUUAUCCAAAAUGACCUUCACCUUGGUCGACAGCCCCUGCUCCUCAUCGCCUAUGCAGGUCAAAUUUCUAAUGCUACCAUUUUUUCCAAUCCUACUGUUCAUCAGACGGUAGAGACAGACUAUUUGGAGCGUAUGUUCUCCGUGCGCUGUGCCGUGAUUUCGUCCAUCGGAUUAGAUGAUACGAUCGCGGAUGAACUUUGGUAUAGCAUGGAUUCGCGGGCUUUGGACGGCUACGGUCAGAAAGUCGAGGUUCGUUCAACACUGACUGGGAGCUCUGACUAUCUGCCAGCCCUGGCUCGAAUCUGUCGGCGUCACAAAAUUUGGCUUCAUGUUGAGGGACUCUCCUUUCUCCGUUUGGCGCUGCUUACCAGCCCACCGGUAAAGCCCAGCUGGAUGACAACGAUUAAUAGCAUUAAUUUGGAGCUAUCACUCUGUUUUGGUCUACCCCGAUCCCUGAAUAUUCUCCUGAUGCAGUCAAAGAUGCCAGAGUCCAUCCUUCUUUACCUGAAUGUCUUUCCGUUAACAACGGCUUCCGAGGAGACGGAGGGGGCGACAUCACUACCUUCACGCUCACUCCCCUCCACCUGCCUUUCAGAUGCCCUCUUCGCUUGGUUCUCGCUUCGUAUCCAAGAUGGUAGCCAUGUCAAUCGGCUUCGACAUGCUGAUCAUCUGACUGCGUACACGCUUAAAAAGAUGGAGUCCCUUCCUUCAGUCGAAAUUUUCCCAUCACACCAAUGCCUCGGCGUCACAACUUCCAAUGGAGAUCGUGACUCCGACAUCUUUUUUAUCAAGAUGUUGUGUGAGAAUUCCGUGCAUUGUCCACUCAUCCUCUUCCGCUAUGUUUUAUCCUCGUCUCAAAAUGUUAUGUCCGAGUCCUCGGAUGCUCGCGUGGACAAGGAUCAGGAUCGACCAAUGGAUCGGCGUUUUCUCAACAGUCUCAAUCACUGGACCGGAGGUGAAGAUACUAUCAAGGCAGGACGACUUUCUAGCAAACGUUUCUUUACCACCGAGACAGUCAUCUGUGAUUGUCCGUUCUAG